AUUGCCUCUCCAUUUCUCCACAACUCCGGGAGAGAAAGAAAGAAAUUUAUAACUUGUAUCCCUUUCUCAUCUUCCACGUACUCUACAGCAAUGGCAGCCGUCACAGUGGAUCAAAUCAGAAAGGCACAGCGUGCCGAAGGGCCGGCCACCGUCCUCGCCAUUGGCACCGCCACUCCGGCCAACUGCGUUAUUCAAGCUGAUUAUCCUGAUUAUUACUUCAGGAUCACCAAAAGCGACCACUUGACUGAGUUAAAAGAAAAAUUCAAGCGCAUGUGCGACAAAUCAAUGAUCAAGAAACGUUACAUGUACCUAAACGAAGAAAUCCUGAAAGAAAACCCAAGUAUGUGUGCUUACUGGGAACCAUCCCUGGAUGCUCGCCAAGACAUAGUAGUUGUGGAAGUACCUAAGCUAGGAAAAGAAGCAGCAGCGAAAGCCAUUAAAGAAUGGGGUCAGCCUAAGUCCAAAAUCACUCACCUUAUUUUCUGCACAACUUCCGGCGUGGACAUGCCGGGAUGUGAUUACCAACUAACAAAGCUGCUCGGUCUCCGGCCAUCCGUAAAAAGAUUCAUGAUGUAUCAACAGGGUUGUUACGCCGGAGGCACAGUUCUCCGUUUAGCUAAGGACUUAGCGGAGAAUAAUAAAGGCGCCCGAGUUCUUGUUGUUUGCUCGGAAAUUACGGCUGUCACUUUUCGCGGUCCGUCUGAUACUCAUUUGGAUUCUUUAGUAGGUCAAGCUUUGUUCGGUGAUGGUGCUGGUGCUUUGAUUGUCGGUGCAGAUCCAGAUACUUCCGUUGAGCGUCCUUUGUUUGAGCUUGUUUCUGCAGCUCAAACAAUCUUGCCGGAUUCCGACGGCGCCAUCGACGGACAUCUACGUGAAGUGGGUUUAACUUUUCAUUUAUUAAAAGACGUUCCUGGAUUAAUUUCCAAAAAUAUUGAGAAAAGCUUAGUUGAAGCUUUUACUCCUAUUGGUAUUAAUGACUGGAACUCUAUAUUCUGGAUUGCUCAUCCUGGCGGACCAGCCAUUCUUGACCAGGUUGAAGCUAAACUCAGCUUAAAACCAGAGAAAAUGAAAGCAACCCGCCAUGUAUUGAGUGAGUAUGGUAACAUGUCCAGUGCUUGUGUAUUAUUCAUUUUAGAUGAAAUGAGAAAGAAAUCUAUUGAAGAAGGGAAAGCUACUACCGGCGAAGGGCUUGAAUGGGGUGUUCUAUUUGGGUUUGGGCCGGGUCUUACCGUCGAGACGAUUGUUUUACACAGUGUUGCUACUUAGACAGCAACUCACUGAGUCUGUUAAAGAUGGCAAUAACUAAAAAAAGAGGAGUUAAAAGGAGAAGACCGAUCGGUUUAAGUAGUUGAAAUAUGCGUGUUGUAAUACAGUGUAAUAAAUACCAGUAGGUUCUCCUUUUUUAAAAAAAAAAAAAUUAAAUGAAAUACUAGUAUGUUUUUGUUAAGUGUCUAAUUAUAAUUUCAACUUUGAAAUUUGCUGUAGUGCAACUUUUAUUUAGAUAAUUUCAUCAACAUUUAUAAAUUGUCAUUAUUAUUUUGUGUUUUA